AUCCUCGCGCUCCGGGUCUGUUUCCGGUGACUGUCGGCGCUUUCAUAACCUCAGACUCCCGGACACAGACCGAACCCGCUCCAGAACCGGACCAGAACCAGACCCAGACCCUCAAAGACCCGGUCUGACCCAGGACUGUCCCCGGGCCCGGUUCGGUCCAGAAUGCUGCGCGUGCUGAUCGUCGGGGCCGGACUCACCGGGAGCCUCUGCGCAUGUCUGCUGAGGCGCGCGCUGCAGAACCGCGUGCACAUCCAGGUGUGGGACAAAGCCCGCGGGACAGGAGGUCGCAUGGCCACGUCUCGUGUGUCGGAGUGUGUUGGAGCAGAUCUGGGAGCUCAGUACAUCACAGCAACGAAGUUCUACAAGAACAAACACCACAGUCUGUACGAGGAGCUGGUCUCGUCGGGGGUCCUGGUGCCCAUGAGCUGCUCUGUGGAGGGUCUGCAGCAAAAAGAUGAGUCUGAGAACUUCAUCAGCCCCAAAGGAACCAGCCACAUCGUCAAACACUUCCUCCAACAGUCAGGAGCUGAGGUUCACCUGCUGCGUCAUGUGACCUCUGUGUGUCUCCGUGGUGCAUCAUGGGAGGUGGAGUUUUCUGAGGGUCAGACCGAGUCUUUCGACGCCGUCGUCCUGACGAUGCCUGUGCCCCAAAUCCUCCAACUCCGAGGAGACGUGAGCCGCUGUCUGUCGGAGCAGCAGGGGGCGCUCUUGGCUCAGGUCAGGUACUCGUCUCGUUUCGCUCUGGUUCUGUUCUUCUCCAGAGACUCGAGUCUGGACCUGGAGCAUGACCUGAAGUACGUCUCCAACAGCCCCUGCAUCAGGUACAUCUCUGUGGAGCACCGCAAACGAGACACAGACCUGUCAGAUCUUGGUCCGAGUCUCGUGGUCCACACCAGCGUCUCAUUCGGGUCCCAGUACCUGGACUCAGACCCAGUCCAGGUCCAGACCCUGAUCCUGGACGAGCUGCACAGGCUCCUCCCACAACUGCCUCAGCCAAUCAGCAUCAAGACGCACAAGUGGAGAUUCUCCCAGGUCGUGUCCUCGGUUCCUGGGUGUCCUGGUCACAUGACGGUUUUGAACGAGCCACUGCUUCUUUUGGGCGGAGACGCGUUUACUCACUCCAACUUCGACGGCUGCGCCGAGUCUGCACUGAGCAUGCUCAGUACGCUCACAGAGACACUGAUGACAUCACACUGAGCAUGCUCAGUACGCUCACAGAGACACUGAUGACAUCACACUGAGCGAGCUCAGACCUCCCACUCCCCAGACACUUCCUGUGUCCCUCUGGCUCCUCCCACAGACUGACUCCGCCUCCUGCCGUGGAGCAGCGGCUCUGCUCCGAGCUCCUGGGGUUUUUAUCAAGACGUUUGUAAAAUCAGAAGAAUCCAGAAAAAUAAAGAAACUCAACGAACAAAAAUUUAUUUUAUUAUUUUUAAACUUCUCUGUCUCUGAAAUAAACGUCGACUGUCACU